AGUCUGGAUGCAAAUCUUGCAUCUGUGCACAGUAAACUGGAAAAUGAUCUUCUGCUGAGUCUGUUGCCUUCUUCUACCACACAUUCUUGGCUUGGUGUUCAUGAUGGUGAACAAGAAGGACAGUGGACGUGGAGUGAUGGAACUCCAUUUGACUAUAACAACUGGUGCUCUGGGGAACCUAACAAUGCUGGUGUUGAGAACUGUGUGGACAUCAGUUGGACCGCUAACCGUUGCUGGAACGAUUUGCCGUGUUCGUACCAAAUAGGCUAUACUUGUGCUAAAAGCCUGUGAGAUCAUAUGCCGUUACUUUGAUUGUACUACAUUAAAAUUUUCUGUUCUUAUCUUUCCAAAAAAAAAAAAAAAGUUUCAUCUAUUUUCAAUACCUUCUCUAAUACACUCCUCAAA